ACAUUAUCUAUGGAUAGUAUGUUUUGUAGUUAACUUCUGUUUUCUGUAUUGUUUAUUUUAUUAAUUAAUAAUUAAUUGUAAUUAAUUUAUUAAAAUAAAACAAAUAGUUGUGGGCUGGAAUAUCAAUUACAAAAAUGUUUUUACGAUAUUAUUCCUUAAUAUACUGUACUUUAGUAGGUCUAGUAUUAAGUGAUAUGCAUAAAGAAUACACAAAAGAUGCAUAUAAAGAAAAAACAGAACAGUAUGAAAGUCCUGGUGAAGAUUUUAGACCUAUAUCAUUAAAACACUUGGAUAGACCUUUUAGAAUGGCCAAAUUAAAUCUAUUGUGGUCCAAAGCUGUUCAUAGAUUGACAGAAGAAAAGCUCAAAUCUAUUUUUGGGGAACUUAAGUUACACGACAAAGAGGAAAUCACAUGGAAACAUUUAAAAGCAGAAGGAAAGGAUAAAGAUGGAUUGCAAGAAGCAAAGUUACGAGAUAAACUCAAAGAUAUUAUGAUAAAUUAUGGGUUUUUAGAUCAAAUUGAUGAUGUUAACAAUGAGGAUAAAGUGUAUCCAUAUAAGGCAUUAAAUGAUGCAUCAGAUAAAUAUAUUAACAAGAGCUUAUUCAAAGACAAAAAAUUAAACAAGUUAUGGGAGAAAGCAGCUAAAGCUGGAUUUAGCAAAGAUGAGUUGGCUGCUUUGAGAGAGGAAUUCCAUCAUCAUCAAGACAAAAUUGAGCAAUAUUAUGCACUUCUGUAUAAGACCAAGAGUGAUGAUCCCAGUGAUACAGCAGAUGAAAAUACGGUUGAUGAUACUUUGGAUAAAUUUAACAGAAUUGAAACAUUAGAAGAAAGAGAAAAGCACAAGGAUUAUUUAGAUAGAGCAAACAUGAUAAGGCAACAACACAGAGACAUUAAAGAUGGAUAUGAUCAUUUAGAUAAGUUAGCUGCAUCUGGGCCAGCAAGUAAAGAAUUUGUAGAGCCUAAAGUUCAAGGCUUGUGGCGGAUAGCACUUCAAAGCAACUUUACUCCUUCUGAACUACAGUCUUUGAAAGAAGAACUUCUUCAUUAUGAGAACAGAUUAUUAAAAUUGCGACAUAUGCAAGCUGAUCAUGCAAUAAAGGAGGACAAAUAUAAUAAAAAAGAAAAAAUUACAGGAGAGAAGUCACAUGGAUUUAAAAUGGCAGAGGAAACCAUCCGAAAACAAGCCAGAAAAGUUGAUAAGAUACAUCUAGAUAUCGAAACUAAAAUUAUGCAGAGGCAUAUUGAGUUAUAAACUAAGGUCUGAACGUUUAUAUCAUAGAUAUUAAGUAGGUAACCAAAAAUGUGUACUAAGAAGUAAUAUAAAUGUGCAAUAUAUGUAACAAAUGUUGAUGCGAUUAUUAAAUAUAGUAACAAAUAUAUUUAGGGCUAACCAACUAAUAAAAUCAGGUUAACAGUUAAUAAAUAUUUAUUUAUCAACUAUA